AUGUUUUCCGUGGUCCUGGUGCAGCAGCUGCUGCGUUUGGCUUUUAUGGGAGCUUGUGCUGCAACGACAGUAAGGAGUUUGAGUCAAAGCAAACGCCUACGCCUUCACUAUUUGGGAUUUGUAGGGAUCCGUCAAUACAGGACAGUCCCACUAUGGCAGCCCCCACAGGUAUCCUUGCUGCAUGAUUUCGGCAAGUGUGACACCUAUUCAGGCCGCACAGCCUCAGUGGGCUCGGCUCCGGGCGCUCACUUGAGCUGUGGCAAGUUGAGCUCACUGACUUUUGUGGACUGGGGUAGGGGCCCGACUGCCCCUGCAAGCUCUGAGAGGCUGCUACAGCAGCAGGGCAGGAAGGGCAAUAUCAGUCUGACUUCUGGCUUGUUGUUUUGCACAACGUGGGACCCACGAUCUAAGGCGCUAAUAUCUGCUCUUAGGUUGCUGGAGGAAGAGGCUCGACGGGCCCAUACGGCCCCCCAUCUUUGCGAAAAUGGGCUGUUGCAGCUACCAGUGUACCCUCUAAUUGGGGUACGGAUAACCAAUAGCCUUGUUAUAGCAAGGAGCAGAAGGGCCCUCACAAAACAGCGGCGCAUGGCAUGCAACAUGAAACAGCUACGCCACAAUGAAAGGGCCUUGAGAUUCAUGCUACAGCAGCAACCGCCUCUGCAGCUAAAGGGGCUACCAGCACUCCAGCUGUACACCCAAAAGCAGCAAAUCCAGGAGCAAGGGGGCGCUUCUGCAUGUUCGGUUCCGAUGCAGAAGCUACUUGAAAUUCGCUCUAUGGGACCUCGGACUCUACAGCGACUAGGGGAAGACGAAGGCGCCUUACUUGGAGCCUGGGGCCCGGAGGCGCCUCCGAGCAACCCAUCAGCAGCAGCUGCCCUUGGGGCUUGGUUGAGGCGGCUGGGCCAGCUAUACGAGGAAGAACUGAAGACAGUGGUACAGAAGCGGCUUCAGCAAGCAGACGACGAGUAUCCUAUCUACGCUUCUUACAGUCCGUAG